AUGGAUAGUUCCUUGUACAAGGACGUUCGAACAUCCAGAGGGUUUGACUACCAUUACCUGGCCGUAGCCCCACGGGCGGACAAGCCUUACCUUCUCUUCAUUCACGGCUUUCCAUCUACGUCGUAUGAUUGGCGGCACCAAGUUACCUACUUCAGCAAGCUUGGUUAUGGCUUGAUUGUACCUGACAUGUUGGGUUACGGUGGCACCUCAAAGCCCACAGAGGCCGAGGCGUACACGAAUUCCGGCACCAGCAAGGAUCUCAUAGACGUCCUCGAUGCAGAGGGUAUCACGAAAUGCAUCGCCAUUGGACAUGACUGGGGGAGCAGGAUUGCAGCGAGAUUGGCCGAUCUGUACGAAGAUCGCUUCAUCGCAUUCGCCUUCUUCGCAGUGGGAUAUAUAGCACCUUGCCCCAAUUUCGACAUGGAUGAAGUCUUCGCGCUCACUAAGAAGCUCGCAGGGCGUGAGACCCUAGGGUAUUGGGGGUUGCUCACGGCCCCAGAUGGCCCCGAGCUCAUCGAGAAGAAUUUCGAAUCAUUCUUCAGCAUUAUUUAUUCUGCUGACCUCAACAUUGUCACGGCACAUUUCACUCCUUCGGGCGCACUACGCGCCUGGGUAGAGUCUGGGCAGACUACUGAUAUUGUCUCAUGGCUCAGCGAAGAGGAGCAAAAGGUUCAGAAGGAAGCUCUGAUCAAGGGUGGUUUGACAGGGCCUGCGAGCUGGUAUAAAGUCUGGACGAGCGGUCUCACUGCCGAGGAGGACAAGGGUGUCCCGAUUCGCUCUCCUGCUAUCUCCAGGCCAGUUUUUUUCGGCGCCACGACUCAUGAUAUCAUCUGCGUGCCCAAACCGCAAAUAAAGCUCAUGGAGAAAGCGUGCGUCGACCUUACGGUCCACGAGUUCGAAGCGGGGCACUGGGUGAUGAUGGAGAACAAAGAUGAAUUCAAUGAAGUAUUGGGUAGCUGGCUGGAAGGUUUAAACACAAAGCAAUAG